UACUAAUUAUACAUAUUCUGUGAAGACAACAACGUUUUGUUGACGGUAGACGCGUAGCCAAGUGAAAGUUUCACGUCAGACAAAUUUCCUAUUUCUGUCAGAAAAUACAGAAACAUUUUGUGUUCUUGGUGUCCUGUUUUUUCUGAAAUUCUUGAAUCAGGUUACAACUGGGAAGAUGGUUAAACCUGUAAUUGGUAGGAAAACUAACAAAAACCCACCGUUUUUCAGUCACGAAUUCGUUAUUCAGAAUCAUGCAGAUAUUGUUUCAUGCGCUGUUAUGGUAUUCCUUGUUGGACUUAUGGUUCAGUCCACAAGUCCAAUCGCAAGUAUAUUUAUAAGUUUACAUCAUAAUGUUAGUGGAGUGGAAGCAACAAGAGACACACCAAAAGGAGAACCUUUCUUCUAUGAAGCAGGAUGGAAGGAUGGAUGUGCAGUCUUCUUUUACUCUUUAGUUUGUAUAGUCAUACAUGCUAUAAUACAGGAGUACUUCUUAGAUAAAAUAUCCAAAAAAUUCCACUUGUCAAAGUCAAGACUGAGUGCACUGAAUGACUCCGGCCAAUUGAUUGUAUUCCAACUUAUGACAUUUGCUUGGGGUGGCGAUGCCAUUUUCCGUGAAGGCUUCCUCUUCAAUAUUCCACAGUUGUGGGAUGGCUAUCCAAACCAUCCUAUGAGUUUCUUAUUGAAACUUUGGUGGAUUGUUCAAGCUGCUUACUGGGUCCAUACUAUUCCAGAGCUGUAUUUCCAACGUAUUAAGAAAGAUGAAUGGGCUGCUCGCAUCCGUCAAGCAACUGUUGCUUUCACAUUUGUUGUAUUGGCAUACUUCUUUAAGUUCCAAAGGGUUGGUGUAGCAUUGAUUGUUCUACAUUCUCUUGCCGAGUUUGUUGCUCACAGUUACCGACUCAAUUCUAUUCUCAGGGGUGAAAAAGAUGAUAUGUUAGACAAGUUUUUGACCCUGUUGAAUGGCACAGUAUUUGUAACAGUUCGUUUAUGCUCUCUGGUUCUGGGUGUGCUCACAUUCUACUUUGGCCUGGCCGGUGCUGCUCCUUUGGCCAUAAGGGUUGCCGCAUUAUCCUUACUUGUCUCAUUCCAAGUAUACCUCAUGUUCAACUUUAUAUCUGAAACAAUGAAGCAAAGGCAGGAAGCCUUACAGCUUGCCCAGUCCAAACCGAAGAAAGAGAAGAAAGAAAAGCCAAAGAAAGAAAAGGUGAAAAAAGUACAUCACGAGGAAUCAGAUCUGCCCGAAGUUGACCAAAACACAAACAAGACCCUGAGACAACGACAGACUGCUGCAGCUAAGAAGUAAAUGACAAUCAGAUUAAUGAGUGACAAGAGAUGUUCACUUGAUCAACACACUAGUUAUAACUUACAUUGAUAAUUAUUUGUUCUUAUUGUACAAAGAAAACCUUUUCAAACAUUUUAUCAUUAACUUUUUUGUUUGUCACCGAACAAACAUUAGGCCUCAUUUGUACGAGAGCUCUGUGUUUCUACAUCCAAACCAUCAAUUAUAUUAAAUACGUAAUUGUAUUACUUAGCGUCUACAUUCAUUUUAUGUUCAUUGAACUGCUCUUAAAACAUGACUCAUAGCUGUGUAAUAUAUUUAAGCAUUGUCAUCUAACUAUCGGGUUGAAUGUGUUUCUUGUGGAGUUUCGUGCAAUGCCACAUACUUUUAAUUUUCAUUUGAAUGAGGCCUGAUUUUGUUUUACAUUAUGACUUUCUCUUCCAAACAUGUUUCUUUUACAAUAUUCAGUAUGGAAAAAGCACAAAUUUGCAUUACUUAGACGAUAACUUAUGUUUGUAAAGGUGUUAGCGAAUGAGAUUCCUAAAUUGUUGUAUAAUAUAUAAGUCAUGACAAUUGUAAAAGUAAUCAUUCUUAGGUGUGAAUGUUUUGAUAUUUUAUACCUUACAAUCUAUUGACUAAACAUUACUGUUAAUGGAUAGAGGAUACAGGGUUGUAAAAUAUCUCCUAAAAGUAAAACUAAAUGUUAGAUUAGCAUCAACAGUUGUAUUUAAUAUUAUAUAAGUAAGUGUACCUAUUAAUCUGUGUUUGAACACAGGAAAACUAUUCCAUAAUAAUUUUGCAGUACUAUUAUUAUUCCAAUAUUUAAUUACUACACUUUUAUAAGUAUUUUAUUUUUAUAAUGAUGUUUUUAUCUAUAUUUUUCUAACUACACACAAUACCUCUUUGAUGUUGUAUUUAAGGUUGUUUGGGUGCUCUUGUAAGAAAACUUGCUGGAUUUAUAAAAUCAUCAAAUAAAGCAAAACUAUAGUUAGUUUUGUUAUUUGUGUUCAGCCUAUGUUAUGAUUAUUUUUGUUAAUUAACAGUUCUUCCUAAAAUGAAACGUGCUCAUGAAAAUAAUAUUUAAUUAAGAAUUGUCAAUUUUAAAGCUUGAUGUUAUUUUAUUUCUGAAUAAACUUUUGAAAUAUA